AUGAAUAUUUCAGUUACUUUUCCAGAAUCACAUCAACACAAGUAUAGAGUGAAGUCGCUGAUUCAACCUCAAUUUAAAGACGGAAGGGAUGAAAUUUCAAAGGAGGAACUAGAUGUAUCACAAGUUGCAGUCCCUGUCAUCAAUUACGACAAUCAACAAUUUGUUUUGAUAAAGGAUGUUUCAAGAUUAUGGAAUUUUACUUCUUCUUAUCAAUUGAUUUUAGCUUUGACAAAAAAUGGAGUAAAAAUUAAUGAAAUAGAAAAAACUGAUAAAGAUAUUAACAAGGAAUUAUAUGCCUUGGAUGUAAUUGAUGAGACCGAAUUAUCUACCAAAUUGUUCUAUAUUGCAUUGAAUAAACUAGCGUCAGUCUUGGAAAACAAUAAUUGUUUAUACUCCAAUAAUUCUCAAAACGAUUCAAACAAACAUUUGAAUGAAGAAAAAGAAAAUAAUGACACGAGGAAUCCAAAAGUGACAGAAGAAGACAAGGAGAAUGAUCUCAUUAUAGAAGAUGAAGAAGAAGAUGAAGUCGAUGAGAGUGAAGACAACGACGAUGAUGGUGAUUCCGAGUCUGAUGAUGAUAUCUAUGAGGAAGAGAAGGGACAAGAUCCUUUAAAAAAAGGUAAGACGCAUCACAUUCACAAGCAUAAAUUUGAUAUGAAAUAUUUAGGUGAUGAUAAAGUAACCAUUAGUCAAGUUUUUCCCCAAUACGGCAUCGUGGAGUCUACAAUUCAAUUGAAUCAUGGAUCGUUUGGUUCAUUGAAUCCAUCUACAAAAUUGAAUUUUUACAAACAAAUUCCGAAUCAUGCUGGAUUCAAAUUUUUACCCAAUACAAAACUUAAUUUUGAUGAAAGAGAAUUGAUCAUGAACACUAACAACAUUUCCAACAUACAAAUGAACGAUGACUUGACUGACAGUGAUAAAAAACGAAAUUUCAGAAGACCAUUAGGUAAAAAUAAAAAAAAUAAUAUUCAUAUUGAUCCAAAUGCUAUAGAUUUAUCUGAAUCAGUCAUACCAGGACAAGGAUAUAUUCCAGAAUUUAAUAUUAAUCAUUUAUGUAAAGUACCAAAUUAUUAUGUCACUUCAAAUCAUCAAUCUACGCAGCAGUCGUUUAAUACUAAGAGGCUUAACACAACUUCAAACUCAUCCUUUUUGUUUAACGAUGGAAUAAAAAUGUCAAAAAAUAUUCAACAAUUAGUGUUUAGUAAUGAUAGUGAUAACUAUCAUCAUUCAAAAUACUACUAUACAAAAGGUUAUAGGGGACCAGGGUCAGGUAAUUAUAAAGAUGGUGCAUUAAUGAAUAAAAUCAACAAAAUACAUACUACACAAGAUAAAAGAAAAUUUCACAAAAGGAAAAUUCUGAACAAAGACAGAUAUAACAAAUCGUUAAAAGGUCUUUUACAUGAUACUUUUAAUGAAAACUUUGUGGAGUCAUUAUUAGCGGAACAACGUAAAUAUACCGAGGAUUAUUCCAAUCUUGAAAUGUUACACAAUAAUUUGCAAUAUAAUUUGUUGUUGAACUCAUAUCGAAGUAUAUCUGAAGAUACUUGGAACUGUUACUUCAAGUUUAAAUCUUUCGAUUUUGAGCAAUACAAUGCUAUAAAAACCGAAAAAAAUGAAAAUGAGAUAAAGAAAAAAGCAAUCGAAGAUCAUAGAAAAUGGACUGAAAAUGAAAAACUUAGAGAGGAAAGAUUAAGAAUGGUAUUUGAUGAUGAAAGAAAGGCAUUUGAGGAAUUACAACAGAAGUUCAUGACAAAACAAAAGGAAUUGGAAGAGAGAAAAAGAAGACAACAACUUGAAUUAUCAUUCGAUGAUUCCUUUGAUGGAAAUAAUGAAGAAAAUGACAAAAAUGAAGAUUUUGACAAUCUAAGAAUAAGUUUUGAAAAAGAAAGAUUAAAUAUAGAAAAGGAAUUUGGUGUUAAAAAGAAAUCCUUCAUGACUCAAAUUGCACCACCCGCACCAAUCGAAACCCCUCAAUCAAAUAUCAUUUCAAGAUUUACUUCACCAGCUGCAUAUCCAGAUAUUGCAAGGCACUUACCAAUUGACUUGAGAUCAACUGGGGACACAAACAAAGAUGAAAUUCCUUUCAUAAAAAAUCCAAUUCAAUGUGUGAGUACUAAUCCAACUUCUGGAAAUGAAGAGUUUUUGACGAAAUAUGAGAUUGUUAAAAUUCCCAAUGCUAAUUCAUUUGGGUGGGAUAACAUUAAGAAAUACAAAGAGAAUUGA